AUCAAAACCGUCCUCGUGGCUUUUCCUGUUUACAAUCAGCUGCGAGAGAAGAACUCAAGAUGUUGGUUUUAUUUGAAACUGCGGCUGGAUACGCUGUAUUCAAGCUGCUUGAUGAAAAAAAGUUGAAGAAGACUGAAAAACUUUAUGAAGAAUUCUCAACCGCUGAAAGUGCUAGUAAAAUAUUGAAAUUGCAGCAUUUCAAAAAGUUCAAAGAUACUACCGAAGCCCUUGCUGCUGCCACUGCCUCCAUUGAGGGGAAGAUGAACAAAUCUCUGAAGAAACUUCUCAAAAAAGUUUUAGUAGAACCAGCCCAAGAACUUGCUGUGGCUGAUGCCAAACUUGGAAAUGUCAUAAAGGACAAGUUUGAUGUGAACUGUGUGUGUAACACUUCUAUUAAUGAACUUAUGAGAGGAAUCCGCUCUCAAAUGAACAGUCUCAUCACAGGUCUACCAGAGAAAGACAUGGCCGCCAUGGCCCUCGGACUGGCUCACAGUUUGUCCCGGUACAAGUUGAAGUUCAGUCCUGACAAAGUGGAUACAAUGAUUGUUCAGGCUAUAUCUCUUCUGGAUGACCUUGACAAAGAGUUGAACAACUACAUCAUGAGGGCGCGGGAAUGGUUCGGUUGGCACUUUCCUGAACUAGGAAAAAUUGUACAAGACAACCUGGCAUAUGCUAAAACUGUAAAGCUAAUGGGUUACAGGACAAAUGCUGUCAACGUUGAUUUUUCUGACAUUCUACCUGAGGAGGUGGAACAAGAAUUAAAACACGCUGCUGAAAUCUCCAUGGGAACAGAAAUCUCAGAGGAGGAUUUAACGAAUAUCACUUACCUUAGUGAACAGGUAGUUGAUAUAACGGAGUACAGAGCCCAGCUUUAUGACUACGUGAAGAACAGAAUGAUGGCUGUAGCGCCCAACUUAACCAUUCUAGUAGGAGAACUUGUCGGAGCACGACUCAUAGCACACGCAGGUUCCCUAUUAAACUUGGCCAAACAUCCAUCGUCCACAGUCCAGAUCUUAGGGGCAGAAAAAGCCCUGUUUAGAGCCCUAAAGACGAAACAUGACACGCCCAAAUACGGUUUGAUAUACCACGCCUCGCUCGUCGGACAGUCAAACCCCAAGAUGAAGGGAAAAAUGUCCCGUAUGCUAGCAGCCAAGUCGGCUCUCGCUAUACGUGUGGACGCGCUAGGGGAUGAAACUAACUCUGACUUAGGACUGGAACAUAGAGCUACGCUAGAGAAGCGGCUCCGAUACAUGGAGGAAGGUGGGGCUAGAAGAAUUAGUGGAUCUGGAAAAUUCCAAGCAAAAUGGGACAAAUUUGAAAACAAAAGUGAAGUCAAAACGUACAACCCUGCAGCAGAUUCAACACUUCCAAAAGCCAAAAAAAGGAAGUUUGAGGAAGAAAAUGGCGACGAAAAUAAUCAGAGUUUGUCUAAAGUGCCUAAAGUAGAACCAGUGGAAGAAGUUUCAUCUGAAAAGAAGAAGAAAAAGAAGAACAAGUACAAAGACUUGGACAACAGUGUUGAUACAACACAGGAGUCAAUAGCUGAUCCAGAAUCUUCAGAAAAGAAGAAAAAGAAGAAGAAGAAGAAGUCAAAGGAGGAUUCUGAUUAACGAUUAGAAAAGAAUUAAACAAGUAUCAGACAGAGACUGAUUAUAUACAUGUACAAAUGGGCCAAGAUAUUGAAACGCUGACUUACAAAUUGUUCCCGUUAGAUUAUAUGGAGACCUGUUGGCCAGCCCAGAUCUAUGACUUUUUAAUGCUGGGAUACACGUAUCACUGUCGUGAAGCUGUACUGCAUUUACAUGAUGGAAUUCAUUAUAUAUUUGUUUUAAAACAAGAUAUUGAAGAGACUUCAAUCGGAUGUUUCAUAUGAGUUGGUAGAUACCAAUGUCGGUAAGAAAUUUUGUUAUGGUAUAAAAAAAGAAUUGUAGGUAGGUCACAUCUUUGAAAAUUGAUUGAUUGAUAAACGAUCAUUUUCUUAGAUACCCCAAUCUGUGUGGUAUCUACAUUAAAAAAUAUUGAAAAUAUGAAUACAGUACAGUACAUGACGUGGGGGGGGGUGUGUGUUUGGAGCUAUCGAGUGACCACCAACACCUAUGGGUUUAUCUUAAAAAUCCUCACACCUACCCCAACCCCGUGCAUUAGAAUAGGUUGUUUUACCUUUGAUAACUUUGAUAAAUAACAAUUUCAAGGGAUAUAUUUAAAGCAAUGGAAUACAUGUAUUAGAAUAUAAAAUCAGAUUGACUACAAAAAAACGCUUUGGCUUAUAUUUCAUAUGAUUUUGAAGCUUGAAUACUUUACGUAGAGCUCAAUAAAUAUGUUUAAUGCAAGGUUAUCACCAAUACAUCUAUGUGUAUGAUCAUCUAGUUACUUUACAUGCACAUGCUCAAUAUAAGGGUGUGUGUGCAUAUACAUGUAGUACAUGCUCUAUGUUAUAUGUGCUUGUGAAUUAAAGAUCUUGUUCUAACAAGUCAUCAGAAAUUUUAAGAAAUAUGGCCUAUAACGCCGAUCUGAUUUUGAACAUUUAAGAGCCUGCUCAAAGUCAAGAAACUUGUGUCGGGUUUCUUUUAUCAGGAAGAUAUUAAGGGUAGAGCCUGUGAUGGCGUAGGUGGAUAUGUCAUUGUUCUGGACAAAGUUUACAAACAUUCCUUACCUUUAGUUAAAAACUUUCUGUAUUAUAAACAAUAAUGGGCCUUUUAAUUUAAAGUGGGAAAAAAUUCUUUGCUUAGGCGUUUCAUGGAACCAAAGACUGAUUGUCCAUCACUGUCUUGGGGUUUAUUCUGGCGUUAUAAUAGGAACAGUAAUGUGAUAUCAUCUUAUAAUGUUUCCAGAAUAACAGAGCUUCAAUCCAAUGUUGUGUCAUCCUGUUUAAAAUGUUUCUGUCAUGAAGAACAUUCUAAAUAUACGUUUGUUCAUGUUUUGGAUAAUGUACAUUUUUUUCUCCUUGGAUAUUUUAUUCCCCAGCAUGUGUUCAAUAUGAAAAACUGUCAGUUUGUUAUCUAUAAACUCCACAUAUCUGAUCUGUCAGUUUGUUAUCUAUAAACUUCACAGAUCUGAUCUGUCAGUUUGUUAUCUAUAAACUUCACAGAUCUGAUGUCUUCUCUAAUUCAACUGCAUGGUGUCAAUUGGAUCACUUUUCAAGGGUAUAUCUUUCAAAAGAGUUUAUCACUAACAAACAUUUAAAAACGCUCCAUGGAUGGUACAGAAAUUUGGACAGGUUUGAUUUAUUGAUUGCAUAUUCUCAAGCUUAAGUUUCACAAGAAUAAUCUGUAGUUACCCUGAAAGUAAAAAUGAAUGGAGAAAAAACUCUUGCAUAAUGUUUGUGAUUAAUUGAAGGGAGACAACUCUUACAUAAUGUUUUAUUUGGAAGGUUGCAUUUAUCUUCAGGUUAACACUUGUACAUCCUUUAAAAUGUCUACAGUUUCAUAAAUUAAGGGCUACAUUUUCAGUUCCACUUGCAUUUCGAUUAUUUACCAUUAACAUGUAUGUUGGGCAUUUUUCUCAGAAUGAGUCUGUGGGCUCUAACUCUAAAGAUGAAAUGGUCUAUUUUAACAUUUUAACACCUUUCUAGGAAACAAAUUGGUGAACUUGCAUUAUGUACAACAUGUACAAUUUGUUACGUUUUAUCAUUUUAUAUUCAUCUUGUAUAAAGUCAAUCGCAAUUUAAA